AUGGCCGACUCCUUCAGCCUUCCGCUGCGCCCGCUCAUCGAGAAGCGCGACCGCCCCGACACUCUCCCUCUCGAGAUCGCCCAGAUCAACGCCCGCUGGGGCUCCUUCCGCGACGUCAACGAGGACACCCUCCGCGCCAAAAUCGAAGAGGACAAGAACCGCGACCCGUAUUCCGACGACGAUGAGGCCGAAAAAGCCGCCGAGGAUGUGGACUCGACCGAGCGCAUGGAGCAAUUGUACAAGCGGCGCGCCGAGAUCCAGCAGUUCGCUAUGCAGGCGCAUAUGGAAACCCUGUUCGCGUUGGACUUUGUUUCGCUUCUGCUCUCCAAGCAUACCCCCCGUCAGGCCGAGACGUCUAUGUCGACCUUCUUGAAACAGGUCGCCCCCCUCGGUUCGCUGAACUCGGAAAUCGUCAACCCGCCCCCGAAGCCGGAUGCCGUCGGUCAGGAUAUUAAGGCCGUUUCGCGCGGCUGGAGGUUGCAGAAUUUCAACGCUGCCGCGAAUAAGUUGCUCAAGUCGGCAACGCGGUUGGAGACGGAGGUCGCUUCGGAGAGCAAGUACUGGGAGGAGGUGCUGGCGGUGAAGGAGAAGGGCUGGAAGGUCUGCAGAUUGCCGCGGGACAGACAGGCGUUGGGGGUACAAUAUGGGUUUAUGGAAGCUACGCCCAUCUUCCGAGACCGCGGUCUUGCGGCUUUGCGGAGAGCCGACGAUGGAAGCCUCAUAUUGGAUAAGGGAUUGGCGCCUCAGAAGACGCGGACAGUGCGGGUGCGUGUGAAGCAUCAUGAUCGGUUUACCGGCUGCUCCAAGGUCCGGUCGUCGCCUGAGGUGGAUUCGAUCGAGAGUAGGAUUUUACAGGCGCGUGACACGGUCUACGAGGAGGAGCUGUUCCAUGAGUUGGUGCGUGAAGCGCGGAUACUGGGCAGCCAGCGCGUCACGACCCGUCAGAAUCUGGUCCGGUUCCCGAUAUCCGAGGAACAGGAGGUCCUGCUGGACCUGGUGGAUGCGGACCAAGAUGCGUCCGCGGAUGACAGCAUGGAGUCGACGGAGCAUGAUGCUCUUGCGGACGCGCUUUCUCAUUCCAUUCGUAUCCUGCUCGCAUAUGCACACCGCCAGAACCUGCGACGAAGGACACAACCGCCGCCUCCCCUCUCCCAGAAACGCCGACACACACCGGAGUACCACCUGCUGCGCCCGAUCAUGGCGUACCUCCAGCACAGCUCCCAUGUCCGAUCGAUGGAGACUUUCCUGACCGAUAUUUACCGGGUCCAGAAGGCAGCGGGACUGACGUGCGACUUCCACGCGGCACCGUUCUCAUCCGUCAAGUUGUCCAGGAUGCAUCCCUCCCUCCCCAAGGUCGAGGGGCUGGUCCAACAGUUCCUGAUGCCCUUCGAGUCCACCUUCUCCGGAACCCUGGCCACCCCGCAAAGUUCCUUCAAAGUCCGAAUCCGCACCAACCCCGUCGCCCCGCCAUUCGGCACCCUGUACGACAUCUCCGUCAACCUACCGCAUUACCCCCACGUCCAGCCCCCGAGUCGCAUCGGGCUACAGAAAGAAGCCGCAGACGUCCUCACGCAUUUCGCCAUGUUGGAGAUCGUUGCGGCCAUUCAGGCCCAUGGCUCCAAGCUAGCCAAGGAUAGCCCCAAGAAAGACGUCACCGCACCCCUGACCUGGGAAGCGGCAUACCCGCACCACGGCGAGCUGCUGGCGCUCUCGAGUGCCGGCCAGAAUAAGAAGUUAAAAAUCAGCCUGUCGCAGAAGGAACUAACGGUCGAGGCGUAUUCCAUGCGCGGGCUGGACGGCUUUGCCCGGUCGGCGGGUGCCCAGUCCCCGAAGCUGCGGUCUCAGACCUGGGUCCCGGACCAGGCGGGCCCUGUGGCUAGCUUGAUGGACUUUGUUACUGAGGUGUCGCGGGACCAGUCGUGA